UAAGCAGCCAUCAAAGCUCCGCAGGCCUGCCCGCUGCCUCUCUCCCGCCCUUUGCUCUGGAUACACAACAAGGUUUUGCGGAUGCACAAGUUUCGCUUCCUCAUGUUGCUCCUCCCUGGCCCAGAUGGCUAUGGCUGCUCCUCGGGCAGCAGCUGCGGCGGACCCGGGACCCUGGGGAAUCCUCGAGGCCGGGGCAGCGCCGAAUAGCGCGCAUGCUGCGGCGCAGCGAAAGCCCGGGAGCUGGUGCGGACGCCCAGGAGGUGCGGGGCCCGGAGCAGCAGCAGCCGCAGCGGCGGAGGAGGCCCAGGGGCGCGCGGAGCCCGAGCCGACGCCCACUUGGCUGUGUUCGGAGCACAGCAACCGGACCGUCGAGCUGUUCUGCAGCCGCUGCAGACGCUGCGUGUGCGCCCUGUGCCCGCUGCUGGGGUCGCACCGAGGCCAUCCCGUACGCUUUGUCCACGAGGAAGUGGGCAUCAAGCAGAAAGACAUUCAGAAGUGUUUGAAGCAGCUAGCCUUGAAGAAGAAACAGGAAGCUGGCAACAUCAGCAAAGUCAGUAAGGCUGCUAGUGAUCUGAAGGAACAUUCUGAGGCUACCAAAAUCUGGCUAACAGGAAAAUUUAGUGAAUUGCGGUUAUUACUUGAUGAAGAGGAAAUGGUUGCAAAGAAAUUCCUUGAUAAAAACACAGAACAGGCAUUUAGAACAUAUCAUGAGCAAGUGGAAUUGGGUCAAGAACGAAUUAACAUCAUAGACAACCUUUCCAGGAAGAUCCAAAGAAUACACCAACAGCAAGAUCCUGUUCGGUUGCUACAGGAAUAUACAGCAUCAGAAAAGGAAAUGAGGCAGCAGCUGAUUCCUACAGAACUAUGCCAUCCAGUACCUGUCAAGUUCGAACAUGCUAAGACCUACUAUAGGAACUUAGCAACGGCUGUUUUUACCACUCUGCAGUUGCCACUGGAAGUUCGCCUUAAAGAAGAUAUCUGCAGUCAGCUUUCUGUAUCGUCCAAGUCGAAACCCGGCACAUUGCUGAAAACAACACCCACACCUGAGCGUUCACUCUUCUUAAAAUAUGCCAGAAUCCCAACCCUGGAGCCAGACACAAUGCAUCCCCGGCUGCGGCUGUCUGAAGACCGUUUGACUGUGACCUGUGUUUUGAUUGGCAAGAUUCAAUUAUGUAAUCCCCAGAGGUUUGAUAAACUGUGGCAGGUGCUGAGCCGGGACUCUUUCUUUUCUGGGAGUCAUUAUUGGGAGGUGGAUUUACUCAAGUCUGGGAUAGGAUGGUGGAUAGGGGUAGCCUAUUCUUCUAUUGAGCGCAAAGGAGAUUCUGAAGCCAGUCGUUUGGGGUUUAAUCGAGAGUCUUGGUGUUUAAAAAGAUUCGAUCUAGAAUACUGGGCAUUUCAUAAUGGAGAAAGGACACGAAUAGCAAUAGAUCACGAUCCCGAAAGGAUUGGAAUUUUUUUGGACUAUGAGGCUGGAAUUCUCUCUUUUUACGAUAUAACAUGUGGAAUGACACACUUGCACACAUUUUACUCAAGGUUCCAAGAGCCACUUUAUCCAGCACUCAGGCUUUGGGAAGGAUCAAUGACCAUACGUAAAUUGCCAUAGGGCCCCUGCUAAUCCCAGGAGAGGAUUGGUCCCAGGGUAAGUGAUGAAGGGUACCGGAAAGGACUCUCUUUGCAGACAUUCGGCUGGUGCUAUGAUGAUAACGAUAACAAUGAUAAUUAACAUUCGUACGGCACUUUAAAGUUUGCAAAGUGAUUUAUGGAGACUUUCCCACAGUUUAAGAAGUGCUGAAGUGAUCACGAGUGGAAAAAGUUUAAGAAACCCUGAAUUCUUAGGCCUUGGCAGAGUGCAGAGUGCUUAGCUUAACCUUGGUCCUGGAGUGGGUAUCUCACUGCUUCUGCUGAUGUUUUAUUCAGCUGACCAGAUUGAUUAUGUAGAUAAAAGGAGACACCAGAAAUGUGAUAUUGUACCAGGACUACUAAUAGCUUAUGUAACUGUAGACUAGAAACUAAACAGAGAAUCUAAAAUGUAACUGGUGCUGGUUUAAGGAAUGCUUGGGUAUGGAUCAUUCUAAUCAGGGAUGCUGGGAUCUGCUGCACAGAGGAGCAAAUCAGGAAAAUUAAGAAGAAACCUGCCAGAGCAGAGCAGGUACACUGAUUUUCCUUAAUUUUAUUAUUUUAUUUUUUGUGAUACACAGUUUCUAUAAGGUACUUAACGGCUUUCAACAUUUACUCAAUCAAGGCUCUCAAACUGGGCAAAUAAAUGGCAAGACCUGAUUCAAUAAAGCAAAUUAUUCUUUCUUGUGUCUUGAAA